ACUACAAAGCUCAGCAUGAUGAUGAGCUGACAAUCACUGUAGGUGACAUCAUCACCAACAUCAGAAAAGAAGAUGGAGGUUGGUGGGAAGGACAGCUCAAAGGCAGAAGAGGUUUGUUCCCUGACAACUUUGUAAGAGAAAUAAAAAAAGAAGUGAAGAAAGAAAGUUUUGCCAGCAAAGCACCAGAAUUAUCUAUGCAUGAAGUUUCUAAUGGAAAUUCUUUACUAUUGUCUGAGACAAUUAUUAGAACCUCCAAAAAAAGGUGAACGAAAUAGACGGCGACGAUGUCAGGUGGCUUUCAGUUAUAUGCCUCAAAAUGAAGAUGAACUGGAGUUGAAAGUUGGAGAUAUCAUUGAGGUAGUGGGAGAAGUAGAAGAAGGUUGGUGGGAAGGAGUGCUAAAUGGGAAGACUGGCAUGUUCCCUUCUAAUUUCAUAAAGGAGCUUUCUGAUUCUGAUGAUACUAGAAUUGUCCAUGAAGAGCACCUGAUAAAACCGAGAAAGUCUGCCUUUGAAGGGUCAAUUCUGUAUAAAGUGGGACCGACAAAGAUUGACAGCUGCAGACGCUAUAACAGUUUAAGGGAUACUACAGGAUCAGAAAGUGAUGGUGGUGACUCAAGUAGCACAAAAUCAGAAGGAGCCAAUGAAGCAGCAACAAUCCAACCCAAGAAAAUCAAGGGGAUUGGAUUUGGCGACAUUUUCAAGGACAAACCCAUAAAGCUACGUCCAAGGUCAAUAGAAGUAGAUAAUGAUUUUCUGCCAGUUGAAAAGACAGUUGGAAAAAGAAUGCCCACAGCUACAACAGUCCAGGAGGCAAGAAAAAUUGAAUUGGAUAGCAGAACAAAGAUGAAGGAGCAUUGCAAAGUUAUAUUUCCUUAUGAAGCACAGAAUGAAGAUGAAUUAACAAUCAAAGAAGGUGAUAUUGUUACUCUCGUCAAUAAGGAUUGCAUUGAUGCUGGCUGGUGGGAAGGAGAACUUAAUGGUAAAAAAGGAGUAUUCCCUGAUAACUUUGUAAAACUAUUACUUCCUGAUUUUGAAAAAGAGAGACCUAAAAAGCCUCCACCUCCUUCAGCUCCUUUCAAACAAGGAUCAGCUACUACAGAUAGAAAGCAUGAAAUUAAAAAGAUUCCUCCUGAGAGGCCAGAAUGCCUUCCUCAUCGAACAGAAGAAAAAGAAAGACCAGAGAGAGAGCAAAAAGCGUUAGAUUUACAGAAGCCUUCUGUUCCUGCUAUACCACCCAAGAAACCUCGACCACCAAAAACAAACUCUUUGAACAGACCUGGUACAUUGCCACCAAGAAGACCAGAAAGACCAGUUGUGCCUCUGAUUCAAACAAGGAAUGAAAUUCCAAAAGUAGAUUUGGUGAGCUGUUCUUUGUCCAGUACCUUAGAAAAGGAAUCCACUGAAAGAAGCAAUGAUAUUGAUUUGGAAGGGUUUGAUUCCAUAGUACCAGUUGCAGAGAAGCUCAGCCAUCCAACUACUACAAGACCAAAAGCUACUGGCAGAAGACCUCCAUCACAGUCAUUCACAUCUUCUUCACUUUCUAGUCCUGACUUUUUUGAUUCACCAAGUCCUGAAGAUGAGAAAGAAGAACAAGUUUCCCUAUCACAUAAAGUAGUUGAGCCAUUAAAGAAAGCAAAGACAGUUACAAUUUCACUUGUGUCUGAUAACAAAGUCUCUUUGCCUACAAAGCCAGGAAGUUUAACAAGUGGAAGUGUUUUAUCUUCAUCCUUAUCUUCUUCAUCUAUACUUCAUCCAACUUCAGUAGGAAUCACAAGUCACAGAUCCAAUUCCCCUUCUUUGUUCAGUACUGAAGGAAAGCUAAAGACUGAUCAUUCAAGCCAAAGUGAAACAGCUUUGGAAGAAUUAAGGUUACAAGUUAAAGAGCUACGCACUAUCAUUGAAACAAUGAAAGACCAGCAGAAGAAAGAAAUUAAGCAAUUGUUGUCUGAAUUAGAUGAAGAAAAAAAGAUUCGGCUACGGUUACAGAUGGAAAUCAAUGAUAUAAAGAAAGUUCUUCAAUCAAAGUGAAUUCUGGAUGGAUGUAUUAAGUCAUAAUGACAGAGACUUAUGCCUCAAACAAAAUAACUUUGUGCCAAAUGAUUAAAAGAUCUGCCUACAUUUCUUUGUUUGGACAACAAGCACAAGAAUUGAAUAGCACAACACAAAUUCCAGUGAAGAACAUAAAUUUCUAUGUGAUACACUUUCUUGAAAUGGGACUGGUUGUGACUGAAUUUUUUCAUAUUGUGCUAAAAUCUUCUCUGCUUCACGUUCAUAGGCAAAUUGAAAACUCAGGCAGUUUAGUUCAUAGUGGUACUAUUUUAAUGAUAUUUUCCAUAAGUAAAUUGUUUAUCAGUUUAUAGGUUUCAUGAGUUUGACUUUUUAAAUUGUCUUUUGUCACAGAUUCUUAAAAUGUUUGUAUUGCAUAUCCAGAAAUGAAUGUGGAUAUUGGGUGAGGGGGUUUGUUUCUCUUAAAGCGGCUUAAUGUGUGUUAUUUUAAAUACAAUUAUUUAUGCAAUCUUAUGUCCAAAAAUUAACGACAAGAUGAAUCUUAAGUUUGUGUACAAAGAAUAUAUUUAAAAAGAAAAAUCUGGUCUUUGCAAUGAUUUGUGCCUUCUUUUGCCAAACAUGGAUUGGAACUAGUUGUAGGCCAGAUUUUAGAAAUGUAGCUAUCACAAUGAGGCCUGUCUAUCCACUAGAGGUCAGUCUUUCAGCAUUUUAACUGCUUGCUCAUCAAAAUCUUCCAUUUUGAUCUGAUUUGAUUCAACUUAAUGAUGUAAUAAUCACACUGAGUUUGAGGCAGCUUUAUUUUAACUAGUAUUGCAUAUUAUGAUUAUUCUGAAAAUUCACUUUGCUUACUGUCACCUCAAAUGUUAAACACCCACUUUUAUCUCCAAUUUUGCACAUCUUGGGUAAGCAGAAUAUGCAUCAUCUAAGACCAAACAAGGAUAAAAUAAAAAUUAACGAGAAAAUUAUAUUAUUAUAUGCAGAGAACUAUUAACUUCAUUUAAACAAUUGUAAGCCUGCAAAUUUGGGGCAAAUGGUUUCUAUACUGGCAUCUUACCAAAUGACUUAGGUCAAAGCAGUGUUUACAUCUCUAAACAGAUAGUGAAGAUUUCAGCUUUUAAAAGCUAAGGAAUGUAUAUGUGUUUGCAUAAUAUAUGUGCAAUCUCUGAAAAGUGCUUGUA